AUGAACACCUUCCAGAACGACACCGAACGCGUUGUGCAUGCAGCCACCUUCCUUUGGGGACGAGCCCUUGCCUGGUUCGAACCCCUUCAACAGGAAUGGCUUGACAACCCUGUCGAAAAAUACAGCCAAGAAGUCAAGGACAUCUUCUUCAGCUUCACGGGCUAUGCUGAGCGAGACCUAUCCCACCUACAACAAACCAAGUCAGCUACGCUCUACGCCGCAGAGUUUAGGCGAUUAGCUGCCAGACUCCACAUGACCGACGAAAGCAAAGUUUUUGCCUUUUAUCAAGGACUCAAGGACGAGGUCAAAGACGAAAUGGCCAAACUGGAGACACCUCCUAGCUUCCUCGCCUACGUCGAACAUGCUAUUAAGGUUGACAACCGCCUCUAUGAACGACGAAAGGAACGAGGAGAGAAACGACAAAACCUAAAUUCAGGACGUAAGUACUAA